AUGAUAGCAAAUGAUAUUGAUUCGAUCAAGGACAUUUCCGUUGUGUGCCAAGAAGAGUAAGUUCUCCUUCUCAUUCAUAAAAAUUUUUAGUGAUGUUCGGAAAGACGUAAGUUGGCCAAAAAAUUCUCCGAGAUCUCACGGAAGUCGACCAAAGCGACGGAAUUUGGACAACAAUUACUUAUUGGUAAGCACCAGUUGUUAUGAGUUAUGUCAUCUUUUUUAGCAACCUGAAUUUGCUCUGAAUUUGUUUUUCGAACCAACUGAAACGUCGCUGUGGAAUGAGAGUCUCCGUUGGCGAUUAGAAAAGGUGUUUUAUUCGACAGAUGAUACUUCCAAAGCUCUUUUAUUUGAUUUCCGGAACUCUCUUGUUGUUAGUAAAAGAUCACAACUGUCCGCAAAAAGCAUCUACCCGGAUCAUGUACAACUGAGCGAUAAAUGUAGAGAUUUGAGGAAACAAAACGUGACUGUUGUGAAGUUCAAGUAAGUGUCGUUGUUUUUCGAACCAUUACAUUUCAGUGAGGACACUGGAGAAAAGACAAUCAGAGUUUUGAAGAAUCCCUUGCGGAACAAAGAAAAGAACAAGAUAACUUUGCUGCAGAGACCGGGGAGAUCAACCGAAGAUGUUGUGGUUAGGUAAUAUAACUGAUUACAAAAUAUAUGAUUUAUUGUUUUCAGUGAGGUCAGUAAACUGAAGAUAAAAACUCCACAAAUUUCAUUAGAAUCGGAGACCGAGGAAUGUCUGAGAUUGCUGGAGAGGGCAGGAAAGAACUCUGAUCGAGCUGACUUCAAAGAAGCCACUAAUAAAUGGUAGGUUUUUAUACAUCUAUACAAAACUAUUUUUAUGUUGUUUUAGUCUGAGGGCUCUCUCACUCAUAUAUACCUGCGUGAUCGAACUUGUGAACAGUAGGGAGGAUGUGAGCGGUUUCAAGUUCAAUAUCCUUAGCAAGUUUGCGUCGGCUUUUGAGAAACUGUUCCUAAAAGUAAGCAAACUCCAGGAUAGCAUAUGUUUUUAGCACCAGAAAGAGAAAGCUUUGUCUCCGGGAAGCGACGGAGAUCAUCACACGGAACUACUUCAGACACGUUUCAAAAUCUUUGCCUUGGAGUCGCUGAAAUUACAUGAUGAUUUCAUUUCCAAAUUGAGGCUAAUUGUGGAAGACCGAGAUUGGGACUUCUUGUUGCCCCGGGACUUGUCCUCAGAUCGAAUCGGAUUGAUUGUUCUGGAUGAACCUGAAAAAAAGUCUAAUGGGAAACAGUCGUUUGACGUAAGAAUAUGUUUGAAGAUGACUGCAGAAGUAGAUGAUUGCAGAAUGUUACAUAAAAACAAUCUGUUCUCUUUUCAGCUGAUAAGUUCCUUCCUCUACUCGGACUUUAUGGCGCAUGGCUACAUUCACUUAUCGUUGGCCAAAACAUUCCGUGUGAAGGUCCGUCCUCCCGUCGAGAGCGCCUUUCCUUCUGAUUUUUUCACUAUUUAUAUUAACUUUUUCGUCAAAGCCUCAAUGAUUAGACCGGAUAAGAGUUCGCCUUUCCUUGCCAUCAAGAACUCUUUGGAUGUAAGUCUCAGUAGAUUUGUGAUAUGAUUUAUUCUAGACCAAUCAUAUCGAGAAUAAUCUGCUUGCCUUGUACACUUACAUGAGAGAUGAUACCAACAACAGAAGUAUGUCUCUGGAAUUGCGCAAUCUAAGCAGACUGGUAAGAUUUUUUAUUUAAUAAUUUGUUUUGUCUAUAUUUUUAUUAUUUUGCGUUUUAGUAUUCAUUGUUCUACCCCAUUUUUGCGGCUUCGUACGAUGAUGUUUUCAAUGCCAAUUGUAGGAAAAGGAGCCCUAUAAAAAGUAGUGCUAAACAAAGAUGGCUUCUUCCAGAUGGAGUAAAUGAUCCCCUAUUUGACCCGGAUACGGCCAAAAGAUUGGCCAACAAUCUUCACAAAUAUACCUUCAAGGGACAGGAAUUGGAGUUCAAAUACUUUGUAAGCCAUCAUAUGACAGUUAAUGAACCUGUGGUUUCAGUUUUAUUGGAGUGGCAUUCGUCUGCUUACUUUUAUGGGAUACAAGAUCCUGAACGGUCUGGACCUCGAUUCCUUCGAGGAGAAUGUGAUCAUUGCUAUGGGAGGUCUGACUUGUGGGAUUGCUACGAAAAUGGUCGACUUAUCUCAUCUCGUACAUCUCUCCCGAUUCCUCAUUUCUGUGGCCACUGUCUGUGCGGGUAAUAUCGCAACAGAUGAAACGAGGAUUAGACUUCGAACAGCCGUCAGAUUAAUAGUCGAAUAUUGUGCCGUGAUUGUCAAGCAACUAAAUAUUAUACUAAAGGCAACAGACCUGAAACAGAGCAUACUAAAUGGGAAUAUAGAGACAGAAGCAAUCAAGUUCCUUAUUCCAACUCUAAUAUUAACUUACUGGAUGUCUCGGUUUUCUCAGUUCUCUGAAGUCGCGGAAUGGAAAAGGAAAUGGUCAUUAGACACAAAUUUGUUGGCGGAUCUAUGGCCAGAAAUGGAAACACUCGGGAAUACUAUUGGGGAGAUAGAAAACGAGCUUUUGUAUAUUAAAGUGGAAGGCAGGUUGAUAUGGUGGGUGUAGUAAAUAGUGUGAUUUUUUUAGAAAAGGACAACGCGUUGAUAGCACUGAUCCCUGAGCUUCUGAAUUCGUAUGGUUCCUCCCCCAUCUUUGCCUCGAAUAUCCCCCGAUUCUACCUAGAAAUGGACGAACGGACGACUCCCUCAAUGGACGUAAGUGUCUUAUUAUGUUAUUUGACUUGGGAAAGGAGAAGAAAAGGUGUUAUUCGGGCCAACUGGCUCCUCCUUCGACUACCAUAUUCAAGCUGUAAUUGCAGUCAUCUUUAAAUAAGUCAGUUGAUGAAUCUUUGAUUUCAGAUUCAAGUUGAUGUUCGUUUGUUUUGUCUCCACGACUCGCUGAAAAAGUUGGCUGGAUUGAAUGAUUAUUUUACCUACAAAAAUGGUCGAUUCCGAGGAGUGUCCGAUGCUACUCGUGUCCUCGUUCCAGAAUCUGAAUAUAUUGAUUUACCGUCCAUGUUGCCAGUGCCUCUGAACGAGAUCAUUGAAUGUGUGAAUCGAAGAAGAACUGAAGUCCCAACUGAGCAGGCAAAAGAACUGGCUGAACUUGUGGAACUGGCUCGAGGUCUAGAAGAUGCUGAAGAGGGCGAAGGGAUAGUCAAAAACAUUGUGAUCGUCAUCAAACCUCAGUAUCUGGUUAUAGACACCAACGUCUUUAUUGACGCGUUACCUCAUGUGGUGGAGUUGAUGAAGGACAUGGCUCUCACAAUACUGAUCCCCACACCGGUUCUGAGUGAAUUAAGGGGACUGAGAAAUAAAACAGCUCUCCCUGGAGAUGAAAAGGACGAAAGAAGGGCCAAGGUUGUGAGUGAGGGAGCUCAGAAAACGCUGGAUCUCUUCGAAACAAUCACUCAGUCAAAUGUAAAGGUGUUGCUUUGUAAUGGAGUUGUGGACGACUUCCAUCCGGACUAUUAUGAAAGGCUGGACGAAACUGUAAGUGGAUUUUAAAAUAUGAUAAACGUUUAUUUCCAGAAUAAUGACCGUCUAAUCAUCGAUUGUGCAAGAAAACUAAGCGAUCGGGUAUCAGCCAGAAGUCAUUACGUACCCUGUGGAGAGAUCUGGCUCUAUCGCAAUGUACUCCUCAUCUCCAAAGACCGAGUUAUGAUGCUUCUCGCCUUUGGCCAUCGUAUUCCCAGCCUCGAUAUAAUCACUUUCUCUAGAUGGGCCGGCUUCAGAAAGCCCUCUGAUUAA